AGAGUGGGACAAAAUAUCACAAAAUAAUCUGCCUUGUAAGCCUAUCGCGUUCCCUUCUGCAGCAGGUGAAUAGAGGGAUAUGACGCUUUCACACGAGAUGGAUGCCCACCUUUUAAAACAGCCUUGGAAAUCAAUGCACAUUGGGGAGCACAGCUUCCUGGGGAAAGUUCAUUUUACAGACUCCUCCUAUGCCCUGCUCCUGUCCGACCUCAGCAGUGUCUGGUGUGAAGAGGCAGAUGUGAAGACCAUAGAAGAAAGGGCAAAGGAGCUCAAUAAACGUCUGAAAGCCCCAAUUUCGGCUUUCCUUGGACAUCUGUCUCAGCUUAUGCUCCCACUGUUGAACUCGGAGGAUAAAGCCGCCAAUGGCUUUUCCUGUUGCUGGAGUGACGGAACAUUAACACUGAAAGUGAAAAGUCAGCUUUCUGGGCUUCCAUUUGUUUGGGAUUUCCAUUGCAAGGAGGCCAGUGUGAACACGGUUUGCCGCCACUUGCUGCGUCCCCUGAUGUCGAUGACUGAGGCACUUGAUCAGCAGUGCCAGGAGCUGCGAGACCUGCUGGGGAGAAAGGAUGCCGAGAUCCAGGAUUAUCAGGAAAGCGGAGCAGUGCUAACCCUAGGUCGUUUGAAAACAGAGAGUUUUGAUGAGAUAUCAUUUAAUGAGUCUUUCCUUACACAGGUUCAGAAGCAAAGCUGCCCAAGGAAGACAUUAGGAUUCAGUGUCCAACUGGAGCAACUGUAUACUGCUGUGACUUCAGUGGAAGGACCUCCAUGUCCUGUGGAUGGAGAUCUAAGUCACACUGCUGGUCUUUCUUCUGCUCAAGAGUCGGCUGUGGAAGGUAGCAAUGGAGUGUCUGAGAAAGCAUCCACAGCAACACAAAAAGACAUAGGAAGUGGAGACAGCCCAAAAUUGUCACAGGUGACCCUGAUGUCUCAAAAAUCGAUUGUUCAAGUGUCUAAAGCCAAGAAAAGAAAGGCAAAGGGACUCUUCACAUAACAUCUCUAGCUUGGAAGACAUGGAAACCUCUAUCCUUAAAUCUCUCUCUUUUUUAUUUUACCAAGUGUUGGUAUUCUUUAAAUAAUUGAAGAUAGUAGCAGUAAUAUGGUGCUGAGGUUGUCUUUCAUUUGGUCAUCUGUAACACAAGGUAGAACCUCUUAAGAUGACACCCUCCAGUUGAAAGCACAUCUCCCAUCAUCUCUAUCCAACCACAGAGUGACUGUGAAUGAGUCGUAGUCUAACGGCAACUGAGGAAGACCUUAUAAUUCUAACAAUAUUUUGUCAAUCAUCUAUGUAACAAUGCAUGUUCAUUGCAGGAGGCUUUAUGUACGUGUCUGCAGUGUAUUUUUAUCACAAUUUUGUUUUUUCUUUAUUACGGUUUCUUGGGUUUAAACAGACUUUGCCUCAUUCUAAAUUAUAUUUUUUGAUGAUCUAAUUUUUGUAUUUUCUGGAUAUUUUUGUGUCUGUUACAAAUACACAGGCUUUCUGUAGAUGGGCAUUAAGUAAUUAUU